AUUCAAUGUUGUCAACAUUACAUCAGUAGAUAGAUAGUAAGGUUAGGACUAGUAAAUAUUGAAUUAUUCUCUUUAAUUAGGUAAUAUAUGAAAUAACAAUCUGUGCUAUAUAUUUUUACAGUAAAUGUAUAUAACUACAUGAAAAGCAUGAAAUUUAAAGAUUAGUUGCUACGUAAUAGAAAUAAAGAAAUUUGUAAACAUCUGAUAAGACAAUAAACUCGUGUGUGUUCAUUAAGUGUUCAUUGAUAUAGUUAUUUAAGUGAAAAUAUCCAUAAUGGCUGUGUCUAUGACUUCCAAAUUUGUUUUAUCGACUCUAAGUAAAUAUGCAAGUUUGAGGGCGUUGUCAACCACAUGUUCGAAGAGCGCUAAAGUAAAUUUUAACUGGGAGGAUCCACUGAAUUUAGAUGGACAAUUACAAGACGACGAAAAGGCCAUCCGGGACUCGUUCAGGGCUUAUUGUAAAGAGAAACUAUUGCCAAGAAUAAUCGAAGCGAAUAGAAAAGAGGUUUUUAAUAGAGAAAUUUACAAAGAAAUGGGUGAGUUAGGUGUUCUCGGCUGCACUAUUAAAGGAUAUGGUUGUGCCGGCGUUUCGUACGUUACUUAUGGAUUAUUGACCAGAGAGUUAGACGGAAUAGAUUCAGGCUACAGAUCAGCUAUGAGCGUACAGAGUAGCCUCGCUAUGGGAUCAAUUAAUUUGUAUGGUACUGAAGAACAGAAACAAAAAUAUCUACCAAGAAUGGCCAAAGGAGAAUUAGUUGGAUGUUUUGGCUUGACUGAACCAAAUUUUGGUAGUGACGCUGGUGGUCUAGUUACGAGAGCUAGGUAUGACUCAAAAUCGAAAAGCUAUAUCUUAACAGGUUCUAAAACAUGGAUAACAAAUGCUCCAAUAGCAGAUAUCCUUAUUGUAUGGGCGAAGGAUGACGAAAAUAAAAUAAGAGGUUUUAUAGUGGAACGGUCGCAAGUUAAAAAAGGUUUGGACACACCGAAAAUCAAUGGGAAAUUUUCGUUGCGCGCAUCGGAAACCGGGAUGAUAUUGCUGGACGAAGUGGCUAUACCGGAGGACAGUUUAUUGCCUAACGUAGUGGGACUGAAGGGGCCGUUCGGAUGUCUCAAUAACGCGCGGUACGGGAUUGCCUGGGGCGCUCUCGGUGCGGCCGAAACAUGUUUGCGGAUUGCUCGACAGUACACAUUAGAUAGGAAACAAUUUGGAAGGCCCCUUGCUUCGAACCAACUGAUACAGAAGAAACUAGCUGAUAUGCUAACAGAGAUUUGCAUCGGGUACCAAGCAUGUUUACGAGUAGGACGGCUUAUAGAUCAAGGCCAGGCAGCUAAUGAUAUGAUAUCAAUUAUCAAGAGAAACAAUUGUGGCAAAGCAUUGGAGAUAGCUAGGAGUGCUAGAGAUAUGCUUGGUGGCAACGGUAUAUCUGAUGAAUAUCAUAUUGUAAGACAUGUAAUGAAUUUAGAGGCAGUCAAUACUUACGAAGGUACCCAUGAUAUUCAUGCGCUCAUUAUUGGCAGGGCUAUCACAGGCUUGCCAGCAUUUUAGGAUCUUCGAAUUACCGAUAGAACUAUCUUUGCAUUUACAAAAUGAAUUAAUAAUUCAUACAUUAAUUUUUUGUAUUGCAGGUAUUGCAGGAUAUUAUACAUCUUCUAUAAAUAAAUUGUUAUUUUGUUAAUUAAAA